CAUCGUGUCCAACCCACUGGUUUCUUAACACAACAAUCAAACAUUGUAUACUUUAUCAUACAUCUUAACAAUUAAGAUGGAGUGAACAAGAAAAGCUUACUAGACAUGGCAGAGUUAAUAGUGGACUUUGCUAUAGCAACAUUGGGUUCCUUGCUUGUCCAGGAAACCAAGCUGUUGAGACGUGUAAAGAAAGAAGUUGAAAGCAUCAAAAAAGAAUUGGAGUUCAUCAAAUCUUUUCUCAGGGAUGCAGAUACAAGGGCAGCGGCCGAAGAAGAAGAAGGAAGCGAUGGAGGUGUCGUAAGUACUUGGGUAAAACAAGUAAGGGAAGAAGCUUAUCACAUUGAAGACGUCAUAGAUGAGCACAUACUUAGUGAGGCGAAGCAUCAUGAACAAGAUGGCAAAGGUCUCACUGGUUUCCUUCGUAAAAUGCGUUGCUUCAUUAAGGAACUUAAUGUGCGUCAUGGAAUUUCAUCUGAGAUUAAAGAUAUCAAAUCAUCACUUGCUGAUAUACAGAGAAGAGCGAAAGACUAUAACUUGAGGCACAUAGAUCAAGGAGAUGUUGUAUCGCACGAUUCUCGAGUUUGUUCCCUUUUCAUCCCAGGCAAUGAACUUGUGGGCAUCGAAUCUACUAGAGACCAAUUGAUUGAUUUGUUGGUGAGUGGAACAUCCAAGCGUUUGGUGAUUGCAGUUGUGGGCGAAGGAGGACUUGGCAAGACCACUCUUGCCGGGAAUAUUUAUAAGAAUGAUGUAGUGAAGAAGCAUUUCGAUUGCCAGGCUCGAAUCACGGUUGGGAAAGAAUGCACCAAAACGGAUAUACUAAGAAAAACGAUACAAGCAUUUGAGGGUGUGACAGGGUCUACUCAUGGAGAGAUGGACAAAAUGGAAGAGACUGAUCUGCUUGCCACACUGGAGAGACAAUUGAAAGAUAAGUGUUACAUGGUUUUGUUCGAUGACGUGUGGACAACUGAUUUUUGGGGAUGUAUAGAGUAUGCUUUAAUUGAGAACAACAAAGGAAGUAGGAUUAUGCUCACAACUAGAAACAGGGGCAUUGUUGAUGUGAUUCCUUUUGUUAAUGUCCAUAGGCUACAACCUUUGCCUUCAGAUAAGGCGUUUGAACUUUUUUGUAGAAAGGCUUUUAGUCCUCAAGGGUGUUGUCCGCCCGAGUUGGAGAAACUGUCUCGUGAUAUCCUUAGGAAAUGUGGAGGUUUACCACUAGCAAUUGUUGCCGUUGGUGGUCUUCUCUCAAACAAGAACAAGGUUGCUUUUGAAUGGAAAAAGUUACUUGAUGAGUUGGGGCCACAGUUGGGAAGUGAUUCUCAUCUAAAAGAUUGCAACAAAGUUUUAUUAGAAGGUUAUUAUGGUCUACCUCACCAUCUCAAACCUUCUCUCUUGUAUUUUGGUUUUUUUCCAGAAAGCUAUGAAAUCAAUUGUGCAAGAUUGAUUCGCCUGUGGAUUUCUGAGGGCUUUGUCCCUUAUUCCAAUCGCCGCACAUCUGAACAAGUUGCUGAAGAAUUCUUGAUUGAUCUCAUUAACAGAAGCUUGGUUCAAGUGGUAAAGAUGGAUUUCAUGGGAAGACCUAGAUAUUGUCGAGUCCAUGAUCUAAUGCAUGAGAUUAUCCUUAGAAAGGCCGAAUAUUUGGGCUUUUCUCAUUUUGUGAACAGAGAACACUCAAAUCUUCCAAACAAAAUUCGGCGGAUUUCGAUACAAGGAAGUAAUGAUAGUGCUUUUGAGAGCAUCAAGGACUCAAAGAUACGUUCUGUUUCUCUUUUCAAUGUUGAUAGUUUGCCUAACUCUUUCAUGACUACCCUUGUUGUUGAUUUCAAACUUAUAAAAGUACUUGAUUUUGAAGAUAGUCAUAUAGAGUAUCUUCCUAAAGGAGUAGGAAACCUCUUCCAUUUGCACUACUUAAGUGUGAAAAAUACAAAAGUAAAAGUGCUUCCCAAGUCCAUCGGUAAGCUUCUCAACUUGGAGACCUUGAAUUUGAAGUUUUCUCUUAUCACUGAGCUUCCUGUUGAGAUCAAGAAUCUUAAGAAAUUGCGUUAUCUAUUAACAUACUAUGUGAGAAGUGAUUGGCGUUACGGAAUGGUAAAAAUACCUGCGGGAUUUGGCUCUUUAUUGGAUUUGCAAAAGCUAGGUUAUGUGGAAGCUAAAUUCGAAGUACUCAAAGAGCUUAUGAAGCUUAGGCAUCUGAGAAAGUUAGCAAUUGAGAUCACAGAUGGAAAUGGGAAGGAUCUAUGUGCUUGCAUCGGAAAUUUGGAAAAACUUGUAUCUUUAACUAUACUAAUAAGUAGAGAAGAAAUUCUUGAUAUAGAACCGAUGACUUCUCCUCCUCGUGGUCUUCAGUGCCUUCGCUUAAUGGGAAAUAUGAAGAAGCUGCCAGAUUGGAUUUUUAAACUUGAACAUCUUUUCAAAAUUGAUCUGAAUUUGUCAGGAUUAACUGAUGAUUACAUAAGAGUUCUUCAAGCCCUGCCUAAUUUAUUGCAGCUUAGGCUAGUUAACACAUCUCAUGAUGAGCAAUUACAUUUCAAAAAAGAUUGGUUUCCAAAACUAAAAGUUUUGUACCUCAGUGAAUUUAAAGGAGUGGAAUUGAUGAUUAUAGACAAAGGUGCGAUGCCUAACCUUGAAGACUUACGUAUUGGACCAUGCCCUUUAUUGAAAGAGAUUCCAGUUGGAAUUGAACAUCUAAGAAACCUAAGGAUUCUUCUGUUUUAUUUUAUGUUGAAAGAAAUUUAUUAUAUGAUAAAAGACGAGAAGUGGAAGAAAGUUACCCAACAUAUACCCUAUGUUGGUGUCAUGUUCAAAAUGAAAGGAAAAAGGACUUAUGAAACUACUAAGUAUCUCUUGUCUCUCUCGCUUGAAGAUUUUGAGCAAUUUAUUGAAAAAGUGGAGCGAAGUAACGAGUCCUCUCAUCCGUGAACAACAGAGAUCAAACAGCUGCGGACACGUUGAAGAAUCUUUCCCAUUUGUUGACCUGAUGAAGUGAAGAAAUGAGAGCUGUUGACUUU